AUGACUCCGGGUAAGGAGAACCUUUCGGAGAGUGUGAGCGUGCUUACCCAACGUCAGUUGGAUAAGUUUAUUAGAGAGUAUAGGAUUCCCCUGGAUCUACAUCCGGUCCUCUCUUCCGGUACGGAAGCCAUAUACCCCUUUCGUCAAGGGAAAUUCCCCUUUUACACCCGUGUCUGUAAUUUUGCCAAUUAUAGGGUUCCUUUUUCGCGUUUUCUGAUUAGGGUUUUGCAGUUUUUUAGAGUUCACAUCUGUCAGGUUAACCCAUUCGGCCUUAGCCGUGUUAACCAUUUCGAGAUUUCUUGUCGUGCCCUUGAUAAGAAACCUGAUUUGAACGUUUUUUGGUAUUUUUACGAGUUUAUCUCGGCCGGAGACUGGUACACCUUUGCACACCGGAAGAAUGUCCCAUCUCCAUCUUCCAACGAACGGUCUAGUCUAAAAAACUGGAAAGAUAACUUCUUUUGGCUAGACGACCGUUGUCUUCCGGAGGACAUGAGGUGGCGUUUUAAGGACCAGUCUAUGUCGUUUGACCUUGAAGAGGGCUUUGUUUUUAGUGAGAGCUUAGUCCGUGCUCUGAUCGAGCAUCAGUCCCCUAUUCGUCCUCUUCCCGAGCAUUUCCUUUGGUUAGGUCGAGUUAGUUUUUCGUGGGCCCGGGGGGAUAAGGAUUGGCCGAUCAUACGCCGGAAAAGUGAUCGUGCUGCGAUGUCGCUUCUUGAUGCUUUGAAGGUUCCGAGCAUGGACUCCUUCGAUUUUGAUUUUGAGCAGCAAGAGGAUGUUCCGUUCAUGAAGCAGGUUGCACCCUCUGCUCAUCCCAUUCGUGGUCAGGCGGAUACGAACAUACCCGUAUCUUCUGCUGCUGAAACAUCUUCCAUUCCGAAGGACUCUUCUGAACAAGCCCUUGCCGAGACGGUUUCUCAUAUGCCGGCGUCUUCUAAGGAGGCGGGUGGUUCGUCCGGAUCUCAUGCUGGGCAGAGGUCAAUUCUUGAUGACGUGGACGAUGAUCCGGAGAUACGCAGUCUAGACGAGGCACUACUGAAUCAGCCUUUUUCUCUGAAGAGUAAAAAUAUUGGAGCAGAUACCGACCUGGUGAUCCGGUCCCGCAAGAGGAAGGGUGAAUCUGUUCAGGUACGUUCUUCAGAUUCUCUCCCCAUGCCAAGAUUGAAGAAGACGAAGGGGAGUUCCUAUUCCGAAGGCACUGUUAUGGAGGAUCUUGAUGAACAUCUUUCUGGGGGUAAGAGCUCGAGGGAAGAGGCGGCCUUGGCCCGCAGUAGACCGACCCCGGCCUAUUCAGGUGGUUUUGUCCCUGAUAGUGAGGUGGAGAGUAUGGAGACGGAGAAUCCAGUGAGCGUGGAUAAGGGUAAAGCCCAUAGUGAGCCGAAGGUGGUCACUUUUUCAGAUCUGUUCUCGGAAGAUAUGGAGAUUGACCCAUCCACUGCUGAGGAGAAGUUUAUACCCGACUGGGACAUUCGGAACAAGGAUACGGUCCUGGAUGUUUUGACCGCUAAGAUGAUGCUCUUCAACAUAAACACUCCGAUGGACCAUGUUCGAAGUCGGAAGAUGAAAAACCCGGAUCUUGGGGCCGCGGUUUUGACUAACCAAGCUCAGUCUAACAUAUUCGUGACAGAAGUUUAUCGUAGGUGGGUUGAAGCGGAGUCUGUGCGAGAAAAUUUGGAGAAGGAAGUCCGUUCUUUGAAGCGCAAAGUUCUCAAGAGUCCGGAGGUGGAGAAGAAGGUAGCCCAACUAACUCAAGACCUUCGGACUCAACAAGAAAAGGUCGCAUCUUUGACGGCUCAGAAUCAAUCAUCGCAGGCGGCUGCCGCGGCCGCUGCUGAGGACAGGGAUAAGAUUUCUUCAGAAUUCAAAGUAUUUUCUGAGUCCAUGAAACAGAAGGACGAAGAACACAAAGCGGUUUUGGCGAAGAUGGAGGAGUCCCUCAGCGGUGCCCGUCUUGCGUAUGAGAGCAUGAUGGCCGAGCGUGAUGCGUUCAAAACAGGGGAAGCUGAUUUGAAGGGUCGCCUGGAGGAAAUGGAGGGGGAGAAUGCUUCUUUAAAGACGGAAGUGACUGAUCUCCGUGAAACGAAGGUUUGGAUGCUUACGGAAGGUGCCCAGCUUCUAGCAAAGAAUAUUCAUAAGGGCAAGGAAAUGACUGCUGCCGUGGCUGGGGUUAAUAAUGCGAUGAGCGCGGUCGGUAUUAACUCGGGUUUGCACUCCGGCUACGUUCAUGCUCUGCAGAAAAAGACUCCUUUCCAAGAGGUUCCACUGUUGAAUCGUAAUGCUGCGGAGGAACUGAAGGCGGCGGUCGUUUGUUUUGAUACUCUCAAGUUCCCUGUAAUUGAAGACCUUCCGAAGCUAAGUGACGCGCCUCUUCCGGAAAUUAAGAAGGCCCUUCGCUUUGCUAGCGGUGAUUUGCCGAAAGAAUGA